AUGCAGGGCGUGAAUUCUCUUCAAAGCCAAACAACCAAUUACCAAUUAAAUGACAUAUCCUACAAGCCCGAAUAUGCUAACGCCAAUGGAAAAAUGACUGUCAGACAGAUCAGUAUGAUCAUCUCUCCCUGGAAGGGUCAGUUUGAGCGGGCAGACAAACUUAUUAAACAAAAGGAGACAACACUCGACUCUAUUGGGCAUUCAAUUCUUCAAAUGGACAAUUCUUAUGAUAGUUGUUGUAAAUUGCAUGAUGAUGUACAUUCUGUAGUCAAGCAGUGUGCUCUUGAAACUGAAAAAUUGCUCAAUCAAGCCAAAAAAUUCUUGAAGAAUCAAGAAGAACGUGUAAAACGGUAUAAUCAAGCCAAAAGACUAGUUGACUUGAUUAAAAACGAAGAUAAGUCUGAUAAGGGCACUUCAUGGCUUAAUGCCAUCCAGGUACCCAACCACCUGCUAAUACAACUUGCAAAGGAUUUAUUGUUCCAAAUUAGAAGUUACGGCAAACAGGUUGAUGACCUUGAAAAUAAUGCUAACGCUCUUUUAGGUGCCAACGGAUCUAAUGUUUUAUCAAUGAUUGAAUCAUUGCUUGAUAUGCACCAUGAAUCAAUUCUUGCCCAAAAUGCCAAAAUUGCUUCAUUGGUAGCCAGGGCAGAGCAUAUAGAGGGGACACUUGGCAAGUCAAUUGACAUGGAACCGUUUAUCAAGGCAUUCCACCCAGUAAAAUUGGAAUCGGUUACUCAAGCUCCCAAGCAAGAAAUGAACGAUAUCAAGAUCAAGAUUGAGAAUUUUAAGAGAUUCAAUAAAGCACUAACUGGAGAUGGAAAUGAUAAUAAACCUAUACAUCUUGGAAAUUUGCUAUCGCCCAUACUUCCCAGCAACAGCACUGGUAACUUUAUCGGCCAACAACCACAAGCUCAACAAUCACAAAUGGGAAUUAUGGGAGGGUUUGGUACUAGCAGUGGGUUAUUGGCAUCUAAUACUCAACAAAAUACCAAUACUGGAGGCGGCUUAUUCGGUUCAUCUUUUGCCAAUAGUGGUACUGGCACUGGUCUAGGUACUGGAACUGGUGGUGGAUUAUUUGGGUCAAUAUCUAAUAACCCACUUACUGGUACCGGUUCCACAGGUGGAGGUUUAUUUGGAUCCACUAGUACGAGCCAACCUGCAACAACGGGAGGAUUGUUUGGUGGCACUGCUUCUACUGGUGCUUCGGCCACUGGCGGUGGUUUAUCUGGGUCAACCAGUACAAUCCAGCCCACUACAACAGGAGGAUUAUUUGGUAGUACUACCACUCAACAAAACACAAGUGGAGGACUUUUCGGCUCAACAGCCACAACCGGCACGAGCGGUGGUGGUUUGUUUGGCAGUUCUAAUACUGGCACUAGUAGCGGUGGCCUAUUUGGGUCCACUACUCAACAAAACACAAGUGGAGGACUUUUCGGCACAACAAUGCAAUCAAAUACUGGAGGAGGCGGAUUGUUUGGCAGUUCUAAUACUGGCACUAGUAGCGGUGGCCUAUUUGGGUCCACUACUCAACAAAACACAAGUGGAGGACUUUUCGGCACAACAAUGCAAUCAAAUACUGGAGGAGGCGGGUUAUUUGGAUCAUCACAGCCACAACAGCAGUCUGGUGGAUUAUUUGGCAGUGCCUCAAAUCAGAAUACAGGUGGAUUAUUUGGUCAAUCUAAUCAGCAACAAUCCACCACCGGUGGAUUGUUUGGGUCUAAUCAAACCAAUACAUGCGGUGGCGGUUUAUUUGGUUCAUCUGUCACUCCUUCUAGUGGAGGGUGUGGUUUAUCUGGCCAAUCUAAUCAAAAUACUGGCGGUGGAAUGUUUGGUUCAAAUCAGCCUAGUAGCGGUGGUGGAUUAUUCGGAUCUAGCCAGAUGAAACCGCAGCAACAGAGCGGCGGGAUGUUUGGAAAGACAGUACUAGGUUCUUCUGGCACUUUUGCCGUUGGUUCAAAUGGAACUGCUGUGCAAAUUGGUGGUCAACAGCAGCAAGGUUGGGGCCAGCAAAAUAAUCUAUUUGGCAAGCCUCAGCAGAUUGGUGGGGGGCUAUUUAGAUAA